AUGUCCUUUGGGUUAACGAACGCUCCAGCAGCGUUUAUGGAUCUUAUGAAUCGGGUAUGCCGACCCAUGUUAGAUAAAUCUGUGAUCGUGUUCAUAGAUAACAUUCUAGUCUACUCGCGAAGCAAGACUGAACAUAUGAGACACUUGCGUGAAGUACUUGAAGUUCUCCGUAAGGAGAAACUAUACGCAAAAUUCUCAAAAUGCGCCUUCUGGCUCCAUGAGGUGCAGUUUCUCGGCCAUGUGAUAAAUUCGGAAGGCGUCUUGGUUGAUCCAUCGAAGAUUGAGGCAGUAAUGAAGUGGGUUUCCCCAAAAACUCCAACUGAAGUAAGGAGCUUUCUAGGCCUUGCCGGCUAUUAUAGGAGGUUCAUACAAGACUUUUCAAAAAUAGCGUUACCCUUAACGAAGUUGACAAGGAAGAAGGUGAAGUUUGUGUGGGGCGAAGACCAAGAAGAUGCCUUUCACGUGUUAAAAGAAAAGUUGUCUAGUUCUCCAGUAUUAACACUCCCAGAGGGAACGGAAGAUUUGGUUGUCUAUUCAGAUGCUUCACAUCAGGGUUUAGGAUGCGUUUUAAUGCAAAGGGGAAAGGUCAUCGCGUAUGCCUCAAGACAACUUAAACCGCAUGAAGGAAACUACCCAACUCACGACUUAGAGUUGGCGGCAGUAAUUUUCGCCUUAAAGAUAUGGAGGCAUUAUCUCUACGGUGCAAAAUGUACAAUUUACUCGGAUCACAAAAGCCUCAAAUAUUUCUUCGAACAGAAAUACUUAAACAUGAGGCAACGGAGAUGGUUAGAACUUAUCAAGGAUUACGAUUGCGAUAUUCUUUACCACUCGGGAAAGGCAAAUGUGGUGGCCGAUGCGUUAAGCCGAAAAGAGUAUCCACCUCCCAUCCAAGUGAAAUCCAUGAAGAUGAUUGUUACACCACGUUUGUUUGAUAUGAUAAGCAGUGUUGUAGAGAUCGCUAGGCGCCUGUCGGGUGGUGGAGUACUGACUAGGGAUUAUUCGGGAUUAAUCAGGAUUAAUCGGGCGCCGAUUAAUUCCGAUUUUUACAACACUGAUGAUAAGAGAUUCCCAAAUAAAGGCGCUAGGAGCGGAAGUUUAAAGAAAGAAAGACUAAAAGGUGUGGUCGAUAAGCUAGAAGAAAAUUCGACCGGACUCAAGACGAGAUUCAGCCGAAUUUGGAUACCUCGUUUCUGUGAAGUCAAGACUGCGUUACUUGAAGAAGCUCACAAAUCACGAUACUCGGUUCACCCCGGGGCUACCAAGAUGUAUCAAGAAUUGAAAACCAAUUAUUGGUGGCCGGGUAUGAAACGUGAUAUUGUUAACUACCAUAGUGGUAUCCAAAUGGCUCCGUAUGAAUUACUGUACGGGAGGAAAUGUAGAACUCCCGUAUGCUGGGGAGAAGUAGGGCAAAGAGAGCUUGCGCCGAGUGAUUUAAUAGCAAUAACGAAUGAAAAGGUUAAAUUGAUUAGAGCUCGAUUGAAAGCAGCACAGGACCGGCAAAAAGCUUAUGCAGACAAGAGAAGGUGUCCUAUCGAAUUUCAAGUUGGGGAUUUUGUUCUAUUGAAGGUGUCGCCAUGGAAAGAAUUACCGCCUACGUUAGACGGAAUUCACAAUACCUUCCACGUGUCGCAGUUGAGAAAGUGUCUUGCUGAUGAAACAGCUUUAGUACCUCUCGAUGACAUCGAGUUGGACGAGGGGUUGAACUAUGUUGAAAGACCAUUAGCCAUUAAAGACGUCAAGGUGAAGAAUCUCCGCAACAAAGUUGUUAGACAAGUGUUGGUACAAUGGCAGCACCGAAAGGGGUCAGAACCCACAUGGGAAGCGGAAGAUGAAAUGAGGAAGCACUAUCCAUUUCUUUUUUGCGUGAAGGAGAAGGGCUCGAGUGCUAAGAAAUCGGAAGGAUCACAGGAUCGAGCUAUGUAA